UUUCUUCAGUAAUUAAAAUACUCAAAACGCUCAAAGAUCCCAGAUUUGAUCUUCUACACUCUUCUACUGCCGAUCUAAAUCACAUCACACAAAACCCAUGACAGAGUAAGAUUAAAGAUUGAUUCUUUCUCCAAUGGCGAAGCAGGCGAGCAGUGCUUGGAUUAUGCAGAAGAAGAAGAAAUGGUCUCUGGUGGUUCUCGCAUUGUUUUCUCUCUCCACCGCCAUGGUUUUCUUGAUGCGAACCGCUUUUGAUUCUUCCUGCAACGCAAGUACCGCCGCUCGUUUUGAAGACGAUGACAACCGAGCCGCGCCGGCGGCGGUUCGUCGGAACGACGCCGUUGCCGGCGAGCCGAGCGCCCUGCGGUUCAUGAAGUCGAAGCUGGUGCUGUUGGUCUCACACGAGCUCUCUCUUUCCGGGGGUCCAUUGUUGUUGAUGGAGUUGGCAUUCUUGUUAAGAGGAGUGGGAUCAGAGGUUGUUUGGAUAACAAGCCAAAAGCCGCCGGAGUCCGACGAGGUGAUUUACAGUUUGGAGAAUAAAAUGCUGGACAGAGGAGUACAGGUGCUGUCUGCAAAGGGUCAGAAGGCUAUAGACACAGCACUUAAGGCUGAUUUGGUUGUUUUGAAUACUGCUGUUGCUGGAAAAUGGCUGGAUGCUGUGCUCAAGGAGAAUGUACCUCGGGUUCUACCUAAGGUGUUGUGGUGGAUUCAUGAAAUGCGAGGGCAUUAUUUCAAAAUGGAGUAUGUUAAGCAUCUCCCUUUUGUUGCAGGUGCCAUGAUUGAUUCACAUACGACAGCAGAGUAUUGGAAGACUAGGACUCGGGAACGUUUAGGGAUUAAAAUGCCUAAUACAUAUGUUGUGCACCUUGGAAAUAGUAAGGAGUUAAUGGAAGUUGCAGAAGAUAGUGUAUCCAGGAGGGUCCUCCGUGAACAUGUCAGAGAAUCUCUUGGAGUGCGGAGUGAAGAUCUACUCUUUGCCAUCAUAAAUAGUGUAUCACGUGGGAAAGGUCAGGACCUAUUUCUUCGCGCUUUUCAUGAAAGUCUGCAAAUUGUUAAGGAGAAGAAAUUGCAAGUGCCAUCUAUGCAUGCAGUAAUAGUAGGAAGUGACAUGGAUAAGCAGACUAAAUUUGAAACGGAGCUGCGUAAUUUUGUGAUAGAGAAAAAGCUUCAGGAUUGUGUUCACUUUGUGAACAAAACCCUGACUGUAGCUCCUUAUCUGGCUUCUAUUGACGUUCUUGUUCAGAAUUCUCAGGCUCGAGGAGAGUGCUUUGGAAGGAUAACUAUUGAAGCAAUGGCCUUUCAGCUGCCUGUACUGGGGACAGCAGCUGGGGGCACCAUGGAGAUUGUAGUGAAUGGCACGACCGGACUGCUGCAUCCUGUUGGUAAAGAAGGUGUAUCAUCCCUAACAAACAACAUUGUGAAACUGGCCACACAUAUAGAGAGGAGAUUGACAAUGGGCAAGAAGGGAUAUGAGAGAGUCAAAGAAAGAUUUUUGGAACCGCACAUGGUGCAAAGGAUCGCUUUGGUUUUAAAGGAGGUAUUGCAGAAUGCAAAGAGCCAUGCCAAUUCUUGAUUUGCAGGAGCACAAUAUUGAUAAAAUAUUUCGCUCCCCUCCAAUUCUUGACGAAGAAUGUGCUGCAUCAUUUUGUAAGUCAUUUAUAUCAUAUGUAGCAAGAUAUGGUAAAUAGAGAAAGUGAUACUGAUACCAAGAAAUCAUGUACGGUCGUUGAGUUGCUAAAUGUUUAUUUAUCAAUGGUGUACAUACAGUUUUGCAAAUGUAAAAAUUUGUCUCAGUCAUUCAAUUUUCACCAUUAUGAUUGA